AUGGCCACUCCUAGCUUCGCCCUGUCUCUGCUUAUCCUCUUCCUAGCCAUGCCCUACCCUUCCCUCUCAUGCCCGGAUACUCCUUGCGAAUGUAAGAUUAACAUGCGGUUGUAUUUGCACCAGAUUUUUCAAGGUCAACCAACCCACAACCAGGUAGCAGGGUAUGGUACGCUGGUUAUUGCUGAUUGGACUGUAAUUGAUGCAAUUCAACCCAAUGCAAAUAUCGUUGCCCGUACAAAAGGUCUGCAAGUGCAGGUUUCUAUAGGCGUUUCAGGUAGCUGGUUUAAUUAUUUCAGCAUGGUGUUCCAGAAUGCAAGGUUCAAUGGGUCCACACUUGAAGUGAUGGGGACUUUUUAUGACGACGUGGAUGGCCAGAUGGCAAUUGUGGGUGGUACAAGAGAAUUUAUUUCGGCACAUGGCGUCAUCAAGUACAGAAAAGUCCAGUUCAUUCCCAGUGUGGAGAGCUACAGAGAGUUCAAUAUCAGUGCAUUCUACGCCCCAACAAGUGGAUAUACAUGUGGCACUGACAUCCUAUGA